CCGGCCGCGGCGGGAGGAGGCGCUGGCGGAGGGGCUACCCCCAGGCUCUGCCUGCCCGGCCGCGGCCCCGAGGCCUCCGGGGGCCUUGCUGCAACUUCUUUUUGGAAGCACCAAGGGCGCGCGGGCGCGCUCCCACGCGGGCAUGCGCAUCCCUGGCGCCCCGCUCCUCUGCGCGCCCUCCGUCUGUUUUUUUCCCCAACGCUUUCAUUCUCACACUCUAAAGUAGGUCACCGGGUGGAAGUUACACCCGGUAUAGCCCCCGGCUUUGAUGCAAAGGUAGCUUUUCCUCCCCGGCUUCGGGGGGUUGCUUUGCAACUGUUCGGUUCCAUAGAGCUGCCCGCCCCCAUACCUUGCAGCCAGCGCCGGCGACCGUGGCGUUGACUAUGGCCCGCGGAGGGGAGCGGCGGGAACUCUCUCUUCCACCCUAGUUUCGCCGACCCUGUGCCUGCUCUCGCCCCGCGGACCCGGAGGAGGGGGCGCGACGGGUCGCCUCCUGCGCUCUCGGGCGCCGUCGUCCCAGGUCUGAUCUCCUGGGGCCAGGGUUCCCUUCAGACUCAUCCAGAGCAAUUUGUCAAGUGAAAGGACCUUGCUAUUUGAUUUCACUCUUACUACUUUGCGUUUACAUCACACAUGGAGAAAAUUAGGAGCAACAACUGUCACUCUCUGAGGGAGGAAACUGCCAUGAUUCACAAAGACAAGAAGUAAUUUUCUGUAAUCACAAGAUGACUCAGGUCAGAGAAGUCGUUCUGGAAGAGGUGAUGCCUGUGCCAAGAAUGAGCAGAAGUCAGCCAGGAUGGACCAUGCGGCGGCCCAGCUGGAGAAGCAGCACGUGCAUGAUGUGUAUGAGAGCACUGCACCUUACUUCAGCGACCUGCAGAGCAAAGCCUGGCCUCGGGUCCGACAGUUCCUCCAGGAGCAGAAGCCGGGCAGCCUCAUCGCUGACAUAGGCUGUGGGACUGGAAAGUAUCUAAAAGUGAACAGCCAGGUGCAUACCCUGGGCUGUGACUACUGUGGGCCACUGGUAGAGAUUGCCCGGAGUAGAGGAUGUGAAGUCAUGGUAUGUGACAACCUUAAUCUCCCCUUUAGGGAUCGGGGCUUCGAUGCCGUCAUCUCCAUAGGAGUCAUACAUCAUUUUUCUACAAAAGAAAGAAGAAUCAGAGCAAUCAAAGAAAUGGCCAGGGUCUUAGUUCCCGGAGGCCAGCUGAUGAUUUAUGUUUGGGCCAUGGAACAAAAGAACCGGCACUUUGAAAAACAAGAUGUGCUUGUUCCCUGGGACAGAGCCUUGUGCUCCCAGCUCCUCUCCGAACCCAGCCAGCCCGGGAGAAAGCAGCCGUGUGGGCCCCCGGAGGGGAGCCCUCCCGCCCACCCUCCCUGCUCUGUGGGUCGCUGUUCUAUGUGUUUAAAGGGGCCCUGGGACUCAAAGCGGUCCCACAGCGUGGACUGCGAGCCCGUUCUGGCCGGCACCUGUUGUGCUAGUAUUUCUAAGGCAGGCGAGGAAGAAAAUGGGUUCUGUAACACUUGGGGAAAAUCUUUCCGCUCCUGGUUUUCCUCUAGAUCUUUGGAUGAAUCAACUCUGAGGAAGCAAAUUGAAAGCGUGAGAUCAUUGAAAAACACAGAAGGGUGGGCCGGUAACACGAUCUCCACCCAGCCUUCCGGCCACUCCAGCUUAGACUUGGAUCAUCCGGAGCCAUUUCCAACAGGAGAGCAACAUUUAGAUGAGGAAGUGUUUGUGGGCACUGCUCAAAAACGUCUGGAGUGGCUGAGAGCACCAGCCCCAAGGAAGCAUCUGAACGGAGACCACAGAGGAGGUGGGAAGUUUCCGGACAGCGCCAGCACUGAUGAGAACAGUGUGGAUGCAGAUGACUUAGAAGAAGGUAACCCUUUCGCUAGUAAACUAUGGAGGAGGAUUUCUGCAGUCAGUGCCACAGAUUCCCACCCAGGUGACGAUGCAGUUUCUGGCAAAGACCAAGGGCCCCGUGGUUUGGAUGCCAAAGCCUUUAUGCGCUAUUACCAUGUGUUUCGAGAAGGCGAGCUCUGCGGCCUGCUGGAGGAGAGUGUGUCAGAGCUCAACGUUCUGAGCUCCGGGAACGAUCACGGCAACUGGUGUGUCAUCGCAGAGAAAAAAGCAAAGUGGUGAUUGAGCCGGGUCACUUCAGACAGCUCCUCCAAAAGAUGAACCACGUUCUCGCUGGGUCUGUGAUACGGUUACCUGAGUUGGCAUCCAGUUUCAUUAUUUUUUUAAUCUGUUUAUAUUUUGGUCUGUAGAGACUAUGAUGUUACCGUCUUGUUAGUCUUUAGGGAAGCACAGAGCUUGGCAUCUAAAGCAUUUGACAAAGGAUAUUUGUGGUUAAAUGUUGAUAUCGGAGAACACGGUGUGAAUUACUGUAGGAAUGCAUGUAUACUGUUUUUCAGUAUUAUACAGUGAUUUCAAAAGAUUCUGCUUUUAAGGACACCUUUUAAAAAACAUCAUUUUUAUACAGUAAGGGGGUGACUCCUGCUUCUCUGGUUAUUAGAUCUGUGUGCAAGAUAACAGGUAAAUGUGUACCACUGUACAGAUGUAAACUGAACCAUGUGAUAAAUUAUUUCACUGUCAAGGCCUCGCUUCUACUUAAAGUCCUCAGAAAGGUGAGAGACGGUGGAGAGAGACAAGAAGUGUUAUGAGAACUUUUCUAAAUGAUAAGCAAACUUGCUUCAAGAUAAGUACAUAACAAUGUUACGGAUAUGGCUCAGGGUUUGAAACGCACUGUCAGCACAUAGACAGUGGAGUAUGUCGCUACCAGAAGUUACUGCAAGUUACCCAGGUGGCGUUUUCCCAACCUUAUUAGAAGCAGGAAUGUCCAGUUAUGACAAGACCAAGACUGACUAAUGAGUUUUCAUCUGGAAGGAUGCUUUUCCUAUGAACUGAAGGGAUAUUUAGGACAUGAGGUUCUGGCUGAAGCACUGUUUUAUUUUGGCUCUCAAAACAGAUGGACUGGUAAGGUGCAAGACACUUGGCCUGGGUGGAGAAUCAGUUGUUGGAGUUUAAAAAAUAGUAUCUGGGCAUUGAUCUUUUUGAAAGUGACUGCAUUUUAAUAGUUACGUUAGGGAUUUAGGCAGAAUCAAGUCCUAUUAAUUAAAGGUUCAAUUUCUGCCACUUUACCGACCAAAAGAUAGAUUGGCGUUGUCUGGUCACCAUAUCUGUUUAUGUUUCAUCGUGGGUUUGUUUAAAUCCAUGUCAGGGACCUUGAGACACAGACAUAAUUAGAAGAAGCAGAAACAAGAUGACCCAGGAACACAGUUUCAGACAGAAUCAACAUUUGACAAAAGCCUUUUUACGGUAUGGACCACCGUAAUCCUGGAGGAAACCCAAUUCUUGUUUUGUUUUCCACUAAAAUUACUAAAAUAGCAAAAGAUUUCAUUUGUUUGGGCUCCUUUUUCCUUCCAGUUAAUUAUGCUCUAAAAUAAUGAUGCUACUUUCACAGACACUUAAAGAAUUAUUUUUAAUGUGUAUCUGAAAAGUAAUGAUGUUUAUUACUCUCUUGGCUUCAAAGUAAGAUUGCAUCAUCCCCUUUUUGGUUGAUGAUGAUGUAUGGUGGGAAUGAAAUAUAUGUUUUGUAUUGUUCUGCACACAGUUUUCAUUAAUGAAAACAAAGUGACAUAAAAGUGGAAUAUAAAUUAAAAUUUAAUGUCUCCAAUUUCCUAAAUGAGAGCAUUAAACCAUGAAUAUAAGUGGGUUUUUGGUGGAAAGAAAAGAUUCUCAGAGUUAGAGAUGUUCUUACAAAUAAGGCUUGAUGACCUUUUUAUGAUUUGUGGGUUUUUCCUCCCCUUGAAGCCUGCUGUCACAAGUAUCUUUAAUCCCAGUCUUGCUGCUAGAAAUCUGUUUGAAGUCAUCUCUCUCUGGUGGGAGUCUACCACUUACAUGAAACUCAUUUUAUGAGACUGCACCAGAAAAGCUUUGAGCAAACCUUUGUGAGUAACCUCCUACACAUAUGCGCGCACAUGCACGCACACACACACACACACCACUUUGUAUAAAAUGACUCUCAAGAAUGGUUCUUGAGAGAGGAAUGUUUUCACACAAUUUUGACAGAGCUGAAAAUAAAAAAACAGUAAUAAUAGCAAUCUUUCACUCUUCAUCUGCCAAGCACAAGAAUUCCAUUCAUCCAGACAUUAUUUUGUAUGCAAAUAUUUGGCUUUGUGGUUGAUAAUCUCUCUUCAGUAUAUUCAGGUGAAAAACACUGUUAACUCGAACUUUUGCCUUUGGAGAUAUACACCCAUAUGUAUGUGUGUGUAUAUAGAUCACAUAUACAUGAUAUAUAUAUACAUAUAUGUGUAUAUAUAUGUCAUUCAAGAGCCAAAUAACAUAAAUAUCUUGAUCAUUUAAAACUCUUGCUCAUCUUAGGACUGUCCUCAAAAGGAAAUACAAAUCAUAAGUGAGUUUAAGCGUACACAGAUUAUUUGUGUGUUCAGUCUGCCUUAACUAGUUUGAUGAUAGAUUUCACUGACCUAUCUAAAGUAGGCAAUUUGAAAAUGUCGAUCUAUUAUUAAUACUGGAUCAAAGAGUGUCUUUUCGGAUCCUUCUCCUUUACUUGCCAGCAUCACAGCGGAGUCCCACUAUCUGAAGUGGAGGGGAGCGUGUGGCGGUAUUAUUAGAAGGUCCUUAAAAAACCCUUGCUGUCUUAUUAAAGCCUCAUUGGCCUACUUGAGGAAUUUCAUAUAAACAGUCAAAUGAUUUGGGGAAAAGGGCAUUAACGUGGACAAAGGAUGCAAUCAAAAUAACAUUAGAGUGAGAACCAGGCAAAUGGCCUAUUUAAGUUAAUUUUUAAAUUGUCACUAAGGUGAUGAAAUGACUCGAUCAUGUCCCAGGACCUAAAAUCAUCUAACACAUGUCUUGGGCUAUCAAUUUGGUUUGAUCCUCCUUUCUCACAUCCCUACACAGGAUCAUGUGUGAUUCCUGUUUCUUGUUUGCCUUUCUGUGUCCUUCCAAAUUCGAGAUGUCAAGACUUCCUCUGGGUUUUCACUGACCAUCAACUGAACAGGCAAAAGCUGGCAGUAAUCCAGAGAGAAAACCCAAAUAUAAAUCAGCUAAGAAUAGUAAUGUACUUGUAUAUUAAUGGUCACAAAAAGAAUAAGCACUGAUGGAUUUUUUAAAGUAAAAAUAAAUGGGUUUGGAGGAGGACAGAGGGUCUAACGCAAUAGUUGUUGAUCUUAGUGGGGGACAGUGCUCCUUAAAAAUGAGCAGUGAGCACUUAGUCUGGGAGGGAGAGGGAGAGGGGGGUGUAACCACUGGCUGGCAGCUGCAGUCUAGAAAGGACAAGUUAGAGCAAGCCUGAGCAUUUAUAUCCUAUUGUGUAGGAAAUCUGAAAUAACCCUAAUGAGAGAAGCUACGUUUUCUUACUAUAACACACAGUGUUCUAUCUGUAGUCCUCCCCAUGGCGGAGUAUACUUAUUGUUCCCAUUUUGCAGAUGAGGAAAACUGAAGCAGAGAGCAAUCAAUUAAAUUGCCCAAUGUCACAUACACAGUAAGAAUCACACAUUUCGUAAGGGUAGGGCUGAGAUUCAAACCCAGACAGUCUGACCCCCAUCCUGUGCUCUGACCCAGACAACCACUCAUGGUGCUGGCAGAUUACAAGAGCCUUUCACGGCAGGUGUGACUAUCCCCUUUACAAAUAAACUUUAGUAAGAUUAAGCAAAGAUUUCACAGUUAGACAAUAACUGGACAGGAAUCCCUAACAUAUUUCCCCCAUCUUUUAUAUUUUUUCAUUUGUUAAGUCCGUUUCCAUUUGAUUUUAAUUUUAGAAAAAAUAGCCACAAAAUGCUCCAUGAUCACUUUUCUCCAACUCUUCAAUCCUCUAAAAGUUGUAUUACUAUUUUCCCAUUUUGAAGGUAGGAAAAUAGAGGCCUAUUCAGAUAUUUCAUUCCUUUGGUUUGUUUACUGAACCCUGCUAUGUGCCAGAAACACAGGCUGUAAGGCAUGAGUGUCAGGUGUGUUAAGUAUAUGCACAAUAUUAGAAUUAACUGAGCUGAAAGUGCCAAACUGGCAGUUUUCAUAUUCUUUAUGCACUGACCACCGCAUUAUAUUGUUUAGUUUGAAAAAAGUAAUUUACAAAAACCCCUUGCAGAGAACCACAAUGCAUAUUAGCAUAGUUGAGGCUUCCCCUAAAGUAAACUGUAAUUUGAUUUCACUGAGCUUGCCCUCGACAUAUUAACAUUCUCUAGCACAAGCAUUCUGUGGAACACAUUUCAGCAAACAAUGCAUCUGAGAGAAUAAAAUGCAGAGUCCUUAGGACGGCAUGCAUCCCUCCCUUCAGAAAUUCUCUCAAGUAUUUUUCAGCCUCAUCCCUUGCAACUGUUCUGCAAUUUGCUGUUUUAAACAACGCUUUCAUUAGGAAUUACAUAAUUACAAGUAAUGAUCACAUCCCUUGGAUGUAAACUUAAGAUUUCAAUAUCAACUGUAAUCCUUUUCUAAAGAAAAAUGCAUGAAAAUAGGCUUCAUUUUGUCAAUUCAAAGUGCACAUGAGAUAAGUGUUAUCACACACCCAUCCAAAAGAUGGAAAGACCAUGGGGGUGGAAAGAAAUUACAGAAACGAAACGUCAGCAGACCUCCAGUCAAAAUGCUCAACUCCUCUCAUCCCAAUCUUGACUCAAAAUUAUGAUUAGUGGUUUGAUAUUACAGACUCCAUAUUUGCAACCUCAGUCAUCUACAAAACUGGAGUGGGAAUAUUACAGAAAGACUCUCAUCAACCAAGGAUUGGAGUUAUAACGCAAACAGAAAGCAUCUGACAUGGCGUGGGGAAUGCAAACAUGGAAACCUGAGAGAGCUAAUCAAACAGAAAAUACCAACUGUGAAUUGUCCUAUUUUUUAUUCAUAACAUGCGCCCCGCAGGAUGUGAUGCCCCGGUAGGAAUGUGAGUCAUUUCAGUUAUAACCCACAUCCUGUCCCCCUCCAGAUGCAGGUAUUUCCCAAUGGACUAUGCACUUGUCAUCACUCUGUCUGGGUGGGAAGAGAGCUGUAAUAUAAUCUGUAUGACCAAUCGGAUGGAACACUGCGGAGAGCUGACUGUGAAACUGGAUCUCUGGCCUGGCAAAUCAAUAUAUGUUUUGUCUCUUCUUCAACCAGGGCUGGGGGAAAAAAAUUUACCCCAACCCAAUUAAUUAUUAAUUAGUUCACAUGUAACAAUAUAUUAUCUCCACCUGGAACAGAUUUAUUUUUCUCUAGGUAUUACCUCUGUAUAGAAAAGACAGAGGGUCACUGUGGUUCACCUGUAGCCAGUGUAACUGAAUGCUGAAUUACAUGAAAAAUUUACAUUUUUAUUUAUGCUCACCCAGCAGGGAAUCUGGCUGAAUGACAGGCAUUUCUCUAAUGAGCUAAUCAUACCACUUCCAUUAGAUUUUCUAUUAACAUAUGUAGAGGGACACCAUGAGUAAAGGUUUGCCUUUCUACUCUUAUUUAAUUACAAAGAACCCUAGCAAUACUUAAGGCUCACUAAUGUGGGCCCAGUGGGAUUUCUGAGAUGCUCUGAAUAUGUGUGUAAAAGCUGUCCCAUUUUCCAUAGGUGUUCUCUUAAAUAUAUAUUAUGUAAAUAUGUAUAUAUAUUCCUAAACGUCUAAGUGUUUGCCGUCACUAGUGACUUUCUUAUGCACUUGUGAAAACAUUAAAUUAGCAAUUACAGUGGAAAUGUAUUUCAUUGAAUAGAUUCUUUUGUUUCGGGGCAAUCUGACGAGAACUGUCAUAUGUUAUUGUGUCUCCUCGGGUGUGUAUUUGUAUCAAAAGUGCAAAAAUCCUCUUCUUCUCCAAUACACAGUUACUUUAGCUUUUCUCAGAAGAAGCUAGAAAUAGUUUUAAAAGCACAAGUUGAUGUAAAAUAUCUUGACUGUUGUACUUACUUGUAGAUAUUUUAUUUGCAUUAACCAAUAAAGUUUAGGAUCUUUUUGUAAUAAGUAUUAUUUAAAAAAGUAUUAAAAAUACACAUAUUAAAAAUUUGUAUGUGUAUGAAUUGUAUAAGAUAGUUUAAGUCAUGUUUAAGUGUAUUUUUUUUUAAUGUUGCUAGACGAACACAAUCCUGACUUUCAUCUCCAUUCUGGGUGUGACAGGACAGGAAUUACCCCCUUUCCUUUCAGAGAGCCACCUCCCCUGAGACUCAGGAAAACCGGGCAAAUUCGUAUUUGGGGUCUGUUAUCUUUGUCUAAAGGAAACCAAACUAACCAUUUAAUAACAGAGUUGUCUUUAAUGGGUUAAAAAAGGGAUAUUAUUAAGUAGAACAAAAGAUGUAUUUUAAGAUGAAAAAACUGUUAAUACUGUUAAUAGUCUAAUGACUAUCUGAAGGCGGGUGUGUGUGAAAAUACAGUGCUAAUAUUGAAAGAGCAUCAUUCUCUAUGUCCUUGGAACACAAGCACUCUUGUUCUCCUUCCUGACCUGCUCCAUCUGCACGGUGCCCGCCCACUGUCAGGGCUGG